AGUAAACACCAACAAAAUUCAACUAUUUUAAUUUCUUACCAAGAGCUGCUGAUCUAGCCUUGAGCAAAUUAAACAUGGAACGCGCAAUUAGCUAUAUAUACUGAAGAAACUUUAAAGAAACAAGCAAAUAGUGAACGAAGUGUAAAUUUUGUUGAUGUUUUUGGUCAAAGAUCCUGGAGAAUGAAAAUGGAAAAAACAGAUUCAAAAGUUGUAACUUUUAAGUAAUUUUUUUCUUGAUUUUUGUUAUUUUUGUUACCUAUAUUUUUCUUGUAAAUACAUUUGCUAUAAAGAAGGAACCAAAGAAGUGUGUUUUUUUACGGAAUUUUAAAAGUUUUACCAAAUUAGAAAAUAGUCUAAUCCCAACUUCUCCCUAUAUUUUAGGGCUUAUCAUCUUUAAUUAUAACUGAGUCAACAACUGCUCUCUAAUGGAACUGCUCUUAAAUGGCUAAAAUAUAGAGAGUACUACUUAAUUAGUUUGUUGUGAUUUUGCAGUUUGUGUUUGAAACUGUAUAAGUUAAUUUUUCAAUUUUCAAAAUCUAUGCAUACAAAAACACAAAGAAAUAUGGUACGAGUAAGCAAUUUCAUAAUUACGUUUCUUAAUUGUGUGACUCUAUUGGUUUCUCUGGUAGCCAUAGGGUUUUCAAUCUGGCUUAAUUUCAACCACAGCGCUACACUUUGCCAGAAAGUGUUGCAGAAGCCUUUACUGAUACUGGGAGUGUGUCUACUGGUUGUUUCGAUUUUGGGAUUGAUUGGAUCCUUGUGCCGAGUCUCGUUUAUCCUCUGGAUAUAUUUGUUUUUGUUGUUUUUGCUUAUUGUGGGAUUGCUCUGUUUCACGUUGUUCGCAAUUUUGGUAACGAACAAAAAUGUGAGCAAAGCUUUAUCUGGAAGAGGUUAUAAGGAAAUCAAAUCUGGAGAUUACACCAACUGGUUGCAGAAGUAUGUGGUAAAUGAAGAGAAUUGGGGGGAGAUUAAGAGUUGUUUGGUUGAUACCAAAUUCUGUCAGCAUAUACCUACUGGCAAAGGGGCUGAUUUUUACAAAUACAGACUAUCUCCUAUUCAGUCGAGUUGUUGCAAGCCACCCACUUACUGUGGUUUGGUGUUCCACAAUGCUACUUACUGGACCAUGCCUAAAGCAGGGCCAGCGGUAGCAGACGAUGACUGCAAGAUUUGGAGCAAUGUACAGAGCGAGCUCUGCUUCAACUGCCAAUCAUGUAAGACAUCAUUCCUUGACCACAUCAAGAGAGAUUGGAAGACAUGUUCCCUCGUCAACCUUGGCCUCUUACUUCUCGUCCUCUUUGUUUAUGGUGUUGGCUGCUGCGCAUUCAGGAACACAAAAUCAAAAGGGAAAGAAUAGGCAAAAUAUCUGCCCUCUGCAUGAACCAUAUCGUCUUUUUUACAUUCCCAUUUUCCUAGUGAUUGUUUGUUUGACUGAAACAAGACACUGAUGUUGUAAUUAUUGUUUAUUUCCGACUUCACUUCUCCAUCUAAUGUUUAGCUAUUUGUAUGUUUAUUUCUUAGUUAUAUGGCAUUAUUAGUUUCUAGAUAUAUU